CUGGGAUUUUGCACGUUGAGACCCCUUGACCUACCGUACAUGAGAUGGGGACUCACUAAGCCCAAAGUGGUGGACGCGGCUAGUGCGCUGGUAGGACAGAGAACGUACUCGUCUGCAACUGAACAACCAUCAACAUCAGCUCAUAGCCCAAUAGUUGAUGGUAACAUGGUAGAGGAUUCUAUUUUGAGUGACGUGUAUAUUUCUGCGGCAAAUGAAGUUGUAGAAAACAAUAUUGAAGCCGAAGUAGAUCAUCCGAUCGAGGAAAGACCAUUGGAAGAUUCCACAGAAUCAUCAACGGUUCAGACUUCUGAUACCGCGGCUUCAGCAAACCUGAAUUUUUUUUUGCAAAAAAAAAAAAACAGUUCAAGUCUAAAAAUGAGCCAUUGCGUAUUUCAAGCAAAGAUCAAUUUCAAAUAA